AUGAACACACUCAGGCUGCAGAACAUCAAGGGCCAGAUCCUCCUGCACUGUAAGAACACAACAAUGGCAAAUCGUCCCAGUCCACUGACCACCCAUGUGAUGAAUAUUGCCGCUGGUAUCCCCGCGGCAGAUAUGGCUCUCAGUCUGUACGGACAGGACGCCUCAACCAAAGUCUGGAAUUUGAUCACUACUGGUGUGACCAACAGUCAAGGCAGUUGCCCAGGACUCAUCACUAAAGAAAUGUUUCAGCCUGGUAUGUACAAGAUCCGCUUUGAAACAGAGCUGUACUGGGAGAGUUUGGGGGAGACCAGCUUUUAUCCCUAUGUUGAGUUUGUGUUUCCUGUCACUGAUGCAGAACAACACUACCAUGUUCCUCUUCUACUGAGUAGAUUCUGGUACACAAAUUCACACACCACAUACAGACGAAAUGAGGCAUCGUGACCAUCCACAUCCUUCUGUUAAAGAUCAUCAUCAUCAUCAUCUGUCAAGGAAGAUAUUUUCUCUGAAG